GACGAGGACGCACGGUUGUUGGCGACCGAAGAACGGGCAGCCGCCGAAAGGAAGAUUAAGCGGAUGCUCGACUGGCGACUUAUGCCUACGAUGAUCUUGAUCUAUCUCCUCAAUUAUAUUGAUCGUACUGCAGUAACGUCCGCGAGAUUGAAAGGUCUAGAACAGGAUCUGCAUCUGAACGAUAUUGACUAUGAGACGAUCCUCGCCAUUCUCUACGCGUCAUACUGCCCAGCACAAAUACCGGGCAAUAUGGUCACCCGCAAUUUUGCUGGUAUACUACUGUGUCGUGUAUUCAUCGGCCUGCCAGAAGCCGCAUUCUAUCCGGGAGCGGAACUGUCAUUCCGCGGUGCUAUACUGUAUGCGGGGUUGCUCAUAUCCAACGCCUUCGGUAGUGGUGCGAUUACGAUGGUCAUAGGAUUCCUUGCGAUGUAUGGUGUUUCACUAUUGCCAACUUUUGUUCGCCUCGCAGAGGACGCCGGUGAAGCGGACGAAGACACUGCUGGGGAGUCGAUCUGGGAUGGGAUCAGGCUGGCGCUGACAGACGUAAAGGUGUACAUAUUUGCCCUCAUGUCUUGCUCGCAGCUUCUCGCUUUGAGUUUCGUGAACUUCUUCCCCACGUACGUGUGCCGUCUUCGAUUGACCUGCCUUACAUACAGGCCUCCAUGGAUAUGGGCGGCGAUCGCGUGUGUCGUGAAUGCAUGGCAUUGCGAUCGUACCGGCGAGAGGUUCUGGCAUCUGUCGAUAUGGUGGUGGGGCGUUAUAAUUGGGUACAUCAUCGGGCUGAGCACUAUGGCCACUGGGGCUCGCUACUUCAGCCUUUUCUUGAUGGCGAGUGGAUAUGCCGGGUUCGCGCUGACGGUUGUGUGGGUGUCGAACACGAUCCCUCGACCUCCGGCAAAACGGUCAGUGGCGAUCGGGAUCGUCAAUGGAUUCGGGAAUCUGGGGAAUUUGAUUGGGUCUUUCGUCUGGAAGGCUGAAUGGGGACCCGAGUAUCAUCAGUCUAUGAUCAUUGGAAUAGCAAGCAUGGCACUCGCCAUCUCUCUGGGUAUCCUCAUGAGGACCAUGCUGAAGCGCGAAAACGCGCGCAUGGCGGCCCAGGAACUGCGGGAAAUUACGGAUGCGGAACGCGAGCGGAUUGAGGAUGCUGCUAAAUUGGAGGGAAUAACCUUUGAGGAAGCGUUGGAAAGGAGAAAAGGUUUCAGAUACCUGUACUGAAGCACUCAUGGGUUACCGAGGUCCGUCAGAUGUAGCACUCUCUUCUCCAGCCGACUUUCGUCGCUCUAAGGGAUAUGUCUGGAUGCAUACGAAUGCAUCGGUUUUGUUAGACUGC